AUCUGUAGGACCUAGACUAACAGAUGAGCAGACGACUUAAAAUGGAUACAUCCCGUAAACGACCUUUUAUCGGUGCAAUUGAUCAAGGAACAAGUAGCUCUAGAUUUUUGGUAUGGAAAUAAACAUUUAAAAAAUUUACUAUCUCCAAAUAACCUUAAUUUUUUGAAAGAUAUUUGCCGCUGACACUGGAGAAUUAAUUACUUAUGAUCAAGUAGAAAUAUCUCCAAUCUAUCCGAAAGAAGGAUGGGUAGAGCAAGAUCCUAUGGAAAUACUGCAAUCAGUUGAAACUUGUAUGAAAAGUGCUUGCGAUAAUUUUGAAAAACUAGGAUAUGAUAAGGACGAUAUCAAAGCAAUUGGCCUUACAAAUCAAAGAGAAACAACUAUUGUUUGGAAUAAAGUAACUGGUGAACCUCUGUUUAAUGCAGUAGUCUGGCUAGAUGCUAGGACGGCUGAAACGGUUGAUAAAAUUCUUAAAAAGACUCCAGGACAGAAUAAGGAUUAUAUAAGGUCAAAAUGCGGUCUUCCUAUAUCAACUUAUUUCAGUGCACUUAAAAUGAGAUGGUUACUAGAUAAUAACGAGACGAUUAGAAGAGAAAUUAAUAAUGGAAAUGCAGUUUUUGGUACAGUCGAUUCUUGGUUACUCUAUAAACUUACAAAAGAACAUGUACAUAUAACCGAUGUUACAAAUGCUAGUAGAACUAUGCUCAUGAAUAUUCAUAAUUUGCAAUGGGACGACUCGUUGUGUUCUUAUUUUGAAGUUCCUAAAUCGUCUUUACCAGAAAUUCGUAGUUCGGCAGAAAUUUAUGGUCAAAUAGAUAGUGGACCACUGGCCGGAAAACCGAUUGCUGGAAUUCUUGGCGAUCAGCAAGCCGCAUUAGUUGGUCAGGGAUGCAUGUCCAAAGGUCAAGCAAAAAAUACUUACGGAACUGGCUGUUUCCUUUUAUACAAUACUGGAGAACAGGCCGUUAGUUCUGAACAUGGUCUAUUAACAACAGUAGCCUACAAAUUUGGUGCUGAAGCCCCAGUAUAUUAUGCUCUUGAGGGUUCAAUAGCAAUUGCCGGAGCUGCUGUUCAAUGGUUAAGAGAUAAUUUGGGUAUUAUAGAGUCUUCUAGAGAUGUUGAGCGGCUAGCGUCGUCAGUUGAAUCGAGUGCUGGGUGCUAUUUUGUACCUGCCUUUUCCGGUUUAUUUUGCCCGUAUUGGCAGGCGGAAGCCCGAGGAAUAAUAUGUGGGUUGACGCAGUAUACGACUAAAGCUCAUAUUGCAAGAGCUUGCCUAGAGUCUGUAUGUUUCCAAACUAGAGAGUUAUUAGAUGCGAUGAAAGAAGAUUCCGAGUUGACUAAUAGGAAAUUACGAGUGGACGGCGGUAUGACAUCUAAUAACCUUCUUAUGCAAUUACAAGCCGAUUUAAGCGGAAUUGAAGUAGCACGACCAUCAAUGGCGGAAACGACUGCAUUAGGGGCAGCUAUUGCCGCUGGUACUUGUUUGAAUAUCUGGAAGGCCGGAGAGACUAAUUCAGCUACCAUGGAGACGUUUAAACCUCUAAUAACUGAUUCAGAAAGGGACACAAGGUUCGCUAAGUGGAAGAAAGCUGUUCAACGAAGUUUAAAUUGGGAAGAGAAGAGUAACGGUACUUUAGGUGAUUCUAAUUUGAGUGCAAUUCCUUUCGGAUUAUUCGGAUUACUCUCCUUUGCAAUCGUUAUCCUGUCAACACUUAAGGAUCGAUAG